UUUGUCUGUUUCAGAAAUAAACACCAAACCACACAGACAGAAUGUGUUUGCCUGCAUUAAACUGAUUGGUUUGGGUUUUAUUUCCUAAUAUUGAUCACUAACCAUUGAUGCUGAUUCCUGUUCUGAAGGAGAGUGUGGAGCCAGAAAGUGUGUCCUCUGCAGGAGGGGAGCUCCAGCCCUAGAGAAAGAAGCAGGGAAGGAGUUGUGCUCAGCUCAGAUCCUGGUUUGCUGAGCUGAAAGGCUCCACUGGCUCAGCUGUGUGUUUAUUACACCUAAUGCUGAGGCCUGGCUCCAGAACAUUUUCUGGAAAGCUGAGGAGUUGAGUACACCUAAAACCCCAGCUGGAGGCAGUGCCUUCCCUGCAGGGCUGUCCAUGCUGGAAUUGCCCGAGCCCCUGCUGAAGCCCGGGAUGGCCUCGAGGUGAGGGCGGCCGAGGAUGACCCUGACUGAAAAGCUGCGCGAGAGGAUUUCGCGGGCGUUCUACAGCCACGGGCUGCUCUGUGCUUCCUACCCCAUCCCCAUCAUCCUCUUCACUGCUCUCUGCAUCCUGGCCUGCUGCUACCCGCUGCUGAAGCUGCCUCUGCCGGGGACGGGCCCCGUGGAGUUCAGCACCCCGCUGAAGGACUACGCUCCCCCCGGGCCGGGCGCGGGGCCGCAGCACGGGGAGCCCGGCGAGCGCCCCGACUGGUACGUCGGUGCUCCCGUGGCCUACAUCCAGCAGAUCCUGGUGAAAGCCACCGUGUCCCCGUGGCAGAAGAACUUCCUGGCUGUGGAUGUGUUCAGGUCACCGCUGUCCCGAGUCUUCCAGCUGGUGGAGGAGAUCAGGAACCACGCCCUGAGGGACAGCUCGGGGGUGAGGAGCCUGGAGGAGCUUUGUCUGCAGGUGACAGACCUGCUGCCCGGCCUCAGGAAGCUGAGGAAUCUGCUCCCGGAGCACGGCUGCCUGCUGCUGUCCCCGGGCAACUUCUGGCAGAACGACCGCGAGCGCUUCAAUGCCGACCCAGAUAUCAUCAAAACCAUCCACCAGCAUGAACCAAAGACCCUGCAGACGUCAGCCACGCUCAAAGACCUGCUGUUCGGGCUGCCUGGCAGGUACAGCGGUGUCCACCUGUACAACCGGCGGCGCGUGGUGUCCUACACCGUCACCCUGGGGCUGCAGCGCUACGACUCCAGGUUCCUGAGCAGCCUCCGCUCCCGCCUGAAGCUGCUGCACCCCAGCCCCAACUGCAGCCUGCGGGAGGAGAACGUGGUCCACGUGCACUUCAAGGAGGAGAUCGGCAUCGCCGAGCUCAUCCCGCUCGUCACCACCUACAUCAUCCUCUUCGCCUACAUCUACUUCUCCACACGCAAGAUCGACAUGGUGAAGUCCAAGUGGGGCCUGGCGCUGGCGGCGGUGGUGACGGUGCUCAGCUCCCUGCUCAUGUCCGUGGGGCUCUGCACCCUGUUCGGCCUCACCCCCACGCUCAACGGCGGAGAGAUAUUCCCGUACCUGGUGGUGGUGAUCGGCCUGGAGAACGUGCUGGUCCUCACCAAGUCCGUUGUGUCCACACCCGUGGACCUGGAGGUGAAGCUGCGCAUCGCCCAGGGCCUGAGCAACGAGAGCUGGUCCAUCAUGAAGAACAUGGCAACAGAGCUGGGGAUCAUCCUCAUCGGGUACUUCACCCUGGUCCCGGCCAUCCAGGAGUUCUGCCUCUUCGCCGUGGUGGGGCUGGUGUCAGACUUCUUCCUGCAGAUGUUGUUCUUCACCACGGUGCUGUCCAUCGACAUCCGCCGCAUGGAGCUGGCCGACCUGAACAAGCGGCUGCCCCCGGAGUCGUGCCUGGCGCCGGCCAAGGCUGCGUGCCGCGCACGGCCGCACACCCUGCACACCCCAGCAGUGCAGCACAGCCCUCACAGCCAGCACACCCUGCACAGCCAGCACACCCUGCACAGCCAGCACACCCCACACACCCCACACACACCACACACCAUCACCCUGCAGCCGUCCUCGCUGCGCAACCUGCGCCUGCCCAAGCGCCUGCGCGUCAUCUACUUCUUCGCUCGCACACGCCUGGCCCAGCGCCUCAUCAUGGCCGGGACAGUGAUCUGGAUCGGAAUCCUGGUCUACACCGAUCCUGCUGGGCUCCGCACCUACCUCACGUCCCAGGUCACCGAGCAGAGUCCCCUGGGGGACGCGGGCCUGCCUCCCAUGCCCGUUCCUGGGGGGGUCCUGCCUGCCGGGGACCCCAAGGUGGACCUGUCGGUGUUCCCGUCGGAGCCGAUGCAGCUGCCGGAGAACCGCACGCAGCAGCGGGAGCAGCAGCCGGGGCUGGAGCCCAACCAGCACUCCUGGGCCCAGGGAGCCGAGGGCAGGGGGAACGGGCAGCUGGAGCUGGGAACGGAAGCAGAGGUGACCUGGGGAGCAGAGGAUGAGGAGAUCUGGAGGAAGCUUUCCUUCAGGCACUGGCCAGCCCUCUUCAGCUACUACAACAUCACCCUGGCCAAGAGGUACAUCAGCAUCCUGCCCGCCAUCCCCGUCACGCUGUACCUGAACCCUCAGGAGGCCCUGGAGAUGCGGCACCCGCAGGAGGCGUCGCGCUACCAGCCCUUCCUGGCGGGCAGGCCGGACACGGCAGCGCAGCCGGAGCCCCGCGGCCACCAGGACCUCACCCUGUACAAGUAA